AGAACGGAAGACCUGACUAGCCGUGACACUGACGACGAUAAAUAUUCUUUGUUAACCGGAACCAGUACAUCUCUUCAGGAUAGCACCGGAAGUACGGUCACAGGCUCUAUUAGUGCCAACUACGAACGUAAUUUCGAAGAUCGUAUCUUGCAUGGGCAGAGCGGUGGUCGCAGAUUUAGUUACAAAAAAAGAAAGACUUGCAGCGGAAAUGGAAUAUUUAGUGCUCCUCCCGGUGUCAGUCCCCAUCACGUUAAAUCAUCAAUUAUCCGUCGCAACACAAGUAGCGCUUCUGAACUCGACGCAUGUUCUACCAUACUAAGGUUCUUCCUUCUUUUUAUAAUAGAUGGAUCUCGAUUAAUUUUCGUAUGGCCACAGAAACCGCCAAGAAGUAAAUUAUUAAGAAUCUUAGCUCCUCUCAUGCAUGGCAUCCUCGUUGGAUUUUUAUUCAUGGACGCUGUUCAUCUUUGGCCAGGAGAAUUUUUACCUACGUCAUUGCCUUCCAUAAUACCUAUUCCUUUGCCACCCGUGAAAUGCAACGUAAUUGAACCACGAUGGUUCGAUAACAGU